AUAUAAGAUAUAUAGUGAUAAAUAUGUAUAGUUAUAUUCAUAUUUGUGUAUUUAUAAGCUUUCAACAUCUGUUUCUUCAAGCAGAACGUAUAAAAGUGAUAAUAGUUUUGGGUGAAUCUCCUGUAAUAGAGAAUUUUGAACUAGUUGUUAAUUAAUAUUAUCUUGAUAAGCUGAUUCAAGUGGCUGUGAUCCACAUGAAUCGGCUUUCUCAUUACUUGCUUCUAAGUUCUCCCUUUUAGUUUAUUAAUUUCCUCCUUAGAUCCUGCAACUUUUCUAGGGUUUUGGCCUUCUACCGUCGUCGGAUUUCAUACAAGCUUCACAAGUCUCCAUGUGCAUUUAAAGCUUGUGGUUUAAGUAUGUUGACAUUAUAUAAUCUCCCAAGGAUUAAAUUAAGCUAAUUCCACUAAUCCCUAGGUAAACGUCAAGAUAACAUAAAGAUGAAGUUAAAGUCCAUACCUCUGCAACCAGAUUUGAGUUUAUAAUCUUGUAAUGUUGUUCAAGAACCAGUUUUGGGGUUUGUGUUGAUAUUGUGUGUUGUAUAGAGUUUGAAGGAUGGUGAAGGCGAAUGUAUUAUCGAAAAUUAGAGGUUUCAGUGGCGUCAACAGACCAAUCUAUGUCUUGGCUGGUUUGGCAUUUCUCAUCUCAGUAGCUACUCUGGCUAAGUUCAACUACAUCACACCGCUAAGGUUCUCUGGUCGGUUCUGUAAUAAUCAUGGAAGCUUUGACGGCGAUAACUAUAUCCUCGGAAGCCAAAUGAGAAAGACGAUAGAAUCCGCCAUCUUCAAAAUCCACCAAGAAAUGGAUGAUCUCAAGGCCUUAGAAGCUAAUUCUUCUGCUCCACCAUCUGAUUCAUCAGCUUCAGGAUCCAUGUUUAGGCAUGUAGCUUUCCUUGCUGAUGUUCUUUCACUGAUUCAGUCAGUUCAUAUGGAGUUGCCUUCCUUGGAAGAAGUGGAUCAUCCGUUGAAGCAGAGGAACGGUGACCCCGGCGAGCAUUUCAUGAGGGAAGAGAUCAAGAAAUACAUAAAGAUCAAACCUAACCGGCUUGGAAAGCAGAACUUCAUGGGAGCUAAUGGAACGUUCACUUCGAUAGGGCACGCUUGCUUCGCCAUGAAGAAAGAUCUAGAAGAGUAUAUGGACUAUGACGUGGGGGAGAUCUGCAACGACGACUGGAGACUAGCUCAGAAGCUUAUGGUUCACGGUUGCGAUCCGUUGCCUAGAAGACGGUGUUUCUCCCGUGCACCGCAGCUAUAUUACAAACCGUUUCCGAUCAACGAGUCUUUGUGGAAGCUUCCGGAUAACCGGAACGUCAGAUGGGGACAGUAUAAAUGCAAGAACUUUACUUGUCUUGCAAGCAACACGACAGCAAGAAAAGGGUUCUUCAAAUGCACUGAUUGCUUCAACCUCACGCAUCACGAGUUGCCGAGAUGGGUUAACCGAGGAGAACUCGAUCCAGAGACAAACCAAACUGCUGAUUUCUCGAUACAAGAAGUACUUGAAAUCAAACCGGGAGAGAUUAGGAUCGGUUUGGACUUCAGCGUUGGCACGGGGACUUUCGCAGCGAGGAUGAGAGAAAGUAACGUCACCAUUGUAACAGCAACAAUCAACCUAGGAGCUCCAUUCAACGAGAUGAUCUCUCUGCGUGGUUUAGUCCCAUUGUACUUAACCGUGAACCAACGGUUACCUUUCUUCGACAGCACGCUUGAUAUGAUUCACACGACGAGGUUUCUUGAUGGAUGGAUCGAUCUGAUACUUCUGGACUUCGUGCUGUUUGAUUGGGACAGGGUUUUAAGACCAGGUGGGUUGUUGUGGAUAGAUAGUUUCUUUUGUCUGAAAGAGGAUUUGGGUGAUUACAUGGAGGCGUUUAAAGCUUUGAGGUAUAGGAGACAUAAGUGGGUUGUGGUGCCUAAGAGAGAUAAAGAUGAUAAAGAAGUUUUCUUCUCUGCUGUGUUAGAGAAACCUCCAAGACCCUUUAGAUGAUUCAAUCAUUGCCUAAUGCUGUGUGUUUACUAUUGUCUUUGUAACAGAAAAUGUGAAAAUACGAUAUAGUUUGACUAUAUGUUCCGAUUAUUGUUAUUGUUCUUCUUACAGAUAAAAGGUGUUUUACAUAUCUGACAUUAUAUAUUUGUAAUAAAAAACACUAAAGAGGAUGUUAUUCUUGUUCAUGUAUUUUAAUUGAUUUGUAAACCCACAUGUGAUUUACAAAUCAAAAUAAAAUUUCUUAAAUUAAAAAUCUAACGCAUGGAUUUUAAUUAGUAUUAUUAUUUAUAAAUCCAAAUAUUUUUAGUGGGAUUUCUUUGAGUAACUCGGAUUAAAUAGAUCUAGUAAUAUUGUUCAAAACGAUGUUUAAUACAAGAAGAAAGUAUUCUUGGAACUGCUGUUCUUCCAAAUUGUUUUACAUAUGUUUGGUUUUUCAUUUAGUGUCAAAACGGGUCACCUCGUUGGACUAGUUUAUCCAUCUACAAAUUAA